AUGCCGAAAGGAAAGAAGGCCAAGGGGAAGAAGGUGGCCCCGGCCCCUUCAGUGGUGAAGAAGCUUGAGGCCAAGAAAGUGGUCAACCCGCUCUUCGAGAAGAGGCCCAAGAACUAUGGCAUUGGCCAAGAUAUUCAACCCAAGCGCGAUCUGACCCGCUUCGUUAAAUGGCCCCGCUACAUCAGGCUUCAGCGGCAGAGGUCCAUCCUGUACAAGCGACUGAAGGUGCCCCCUGCAAUCAACCAGUUCACACAGGCACUGGACAGGCAGACAGCUACUCAGCUUUUUAAGCUGGCGCACAAAUACAGGCCAGAGACUAAACAAGAGAAGAGGCAGAGACUGUUAGCUCGUGCAGAACAGAAGGCUGCCGGCAAAGGGGAUGCCCCUACGAAAAGACCACCGGUGCUUCGGGCAGGUGUCAACACAGUAACCACCUUGGUGGAAAACAAGAAGGCCCAGUUGGUGGUAAUCGCACACGACGUGGAUCCUAUCGAGCUGGUUGUGUUCCUACCUGCACUGUGCCGUAAAAUGGGUGUCCCGUAUUGUAUCAUCAAGGGUAAGGCGAGGCUGGGACGUCUGGUUCACAGGAAGACCUGCACUUCUGUUGCCUUGACACAAGUUAAUCCAGAAGAUAAAGGUGCAUUAGCAAAGCUGGUGGAGGCUGUCAGGACCAACUACAAUGACAGAUACGACGAGAUUCGUCGUCACUGGGGUGGUGGCAUCUUGGGCCCCAAGUCUGUGGCCCGUGUGGCUAAACUGGAGAAGGCCAAGGCAAAGGAACUGGCCACCAAGCUGGGCUAA